AAGAUUUUCAAUUUGUGCACAUUUUAAAAGUCGGCUACUUCUUAAACAUAUUAAACACAAACCCUCCAGUUUGCUAAAAUGGAUACAAUGACCUUAGUAUAUGUAGCGGUGGUAGUAAUUCUCUGUUCAAUUUUGCUGUCGAACUUUAGACAAAACAGAAAAUCGUUGCCAGGACCUAUAGGAUUACCAAUUGUAGGAUACUUUCCUUUUAUGACUAAAAAACCUUACAUAAAGCUUCAACAAUUAGCUGAAACUUAUGGACCUAUAUACAGAAUUCGCCUUGGAAGUCGAAAUGUUGCUGUGUUGACUGACUUCAAAAGUAUAAAAGAAGCAUUUGCUAGUGACGCGUUUAUGGGAAGGCCACCAGAUUUACCAUUUGAUAUCAGCGAGGCAACUCGAAGAACAGGAGCGUUGUUCGGCAUGGCAUGGAAAGAGCAAAGGAGAUUUUCUUUGCACAUGCUACGCGAUCUAGGUAUUGGUAAAACUAAAGUGGAACAUCACUUGAAAGAAGAAAUUUUAGAAUUAUUUGAACGAAUAGAAGGAGAAAAAGGCUCCCCUAUAUUAACUUCUGAAUUUCUAACUCCAAGUAUGUCCAACAACAUCGCCUCAUUUAUCUUUGGAAGACGCCUAAAAUACAAUGAUCCCAAAAGACAGGAGCUAGACAAAUUGAUAAAUCAAAUUGGGCGUGAAGGUGGAGCCAUGAUUUUAAUAUUUUUUCCGUGGCUAGCUGCAUUUCUGGAUUUUUUCAACCUUGGAGGUAAAAAGAAACUUUCCAAAGCAUUACAUGAGCUGAGGUUGUACAUCAAAGAAGAACUCAAGGAGCAUGAAUCAACUCUAGAUCCUAAUCACAUCCGAGAUUUUAUGGACGCAUAUUUACUUGAAAUUCAAAAAAGGGCAAAUGAUGCUAAUUCUACAUUUCAUAAGGACACACUUGAAGAUGUAUCAAGAGGUUAUUUCGGUGCUGGUAGCGAAACAGUGAGAAUAAGCGUCGAAUGGAUGCUCUUGGUAUACGCUGCCUUUCCCGAUGUUCAGAGAAAAGUUCAGGCUGAAAUCGAUGAAUUUCUGGGAUCAGACCGAUUUCCAACCUGGCAAGAUCGAUUUGACAUGCCUUACACUGAAGCCACUAUUCUCGAAUUAAUGCGAUGGAAAAGUAUCAUCCCUUUAAACAUAUGGCGAUACACGCUUGAGGAUACUGAACUUAACGGAUACUUCAUCCCUAAGCACACAUAUGUAUUAGCCAUAUUGUAUGCUGUAGCUCAUGACAAAUCUUUGUGGGGAAAUGAUACUGAUGAAUAUAAACCAGAGAGAUUCUUGACUGAAGAUGGGAAGAAAGUUGUGAAACCAGAAUAUUUCAUUCCUUUUUCAAUAGGUAAGAGACAGUGUCCUGGAAAGUCUCUCGCAGAAGUUGAAGUCUUUCUCUAUGUUGCUGCUAUUUUGCAAAAAUUCAAAGUAUCCUUACCACCUGGUAAAAAAGCAAAUUUUGAAGGAGAUUUAGGAAUCGGUCUCCAGCCAAAGAAGCAACAUAUUGUAUUUGAACAGCGAAAAUAAAAAAAAAUAAAAAAUUACAAACGCAGUGAU